GUGCAGACGGCAAGCCUGCAGGUGCAUUCCACGUUCAUGACAAUGGAGGCCGUCCCUUCAAGGUGGAAGUGCAGUGGCCGGGUCCAACGGCCGAGGUCCAGGUCUUCAAGAGUCUCCAGUAUGAUGGUGAUGUCCUGCCAAGCUAUGAAGACAGGGCCUGUGUCUCCUUUUCUGCCGAGAGGGUCUUGGUCGGACGAUGCCCCAAGCAUGGUGCCAUCUUUGAUGGGAACUCGGUGUUGCUGCACGUGGGGGGUCUGAAGUAUGUGUUUAUUGGAGUGGUCGUGUUCGCCUUUACGGCGAAAUCGCGCAUAACGGCGUAUGUCUCACGUGUGGGCAACAACGAUGUACCUUACCCUUGGGCGAUUGAUGAGCAGGGAUGGCGCUACUUGAUGAUCGAAUCAGUCGUUCUGAGCAGCAAGCUGUUUGAGAGCGACGCUGAUCCCUACGACCUUUACUAUGACCGGGGCCUGAUCACGGCACAAACACACACUGUGCCACCCCAGGAGCCCAAGAUGCAGUUCCAAGGAAUCGUAGAGUUCUGGAUCGGAGAGAACCAGCGCGGGCUUAGAUAUCAGACACGCCCAGAAGUUGACUUCGAGUGUCGGGCUGGGCAGGGAGAGUUCUUUGUGGUGAAAGGUGAUCCUGCUGCCAAGAUUAAGCUCUCCAAGGACGACUACGUGAAGUUAAUGCACGACUUUGCAGAUGAGAUGGGCUUUGAGCCUCUCAGUGUAGAGACCUUGCUUGAGCGGCACAUCUGA